AUGAACGUGGCUGUUCUCCUGGGGCUGGGGCUGUUGGAGGCAGAAGGCAGGUGUUUCUUCAAUCGCACUGAGGAGCACUGUGUGUGCUACAACCUGACUGAGGAAACUGUAAGCAGCGUCAUCCAGUGCCUUGCAGCCUCUGUCGUGGAGUUUCGGGGAGGAGAGCUGCAGAGAUACGUAGCCUUCCCCAUCAGCGACCUGGACUCCUCCACCAUUAAAAUGCUGGACUCCCUUGUCAUCAGGAAAAUAAUUUUUGGUGAUCUCCUGGUGCCUGAGAUACUCCUCGCCCGAGUCCUGAGGUUCUUCUCCUACACCCAGGUACAGGAGCUGGUGUUUGAGAGCUGCGUUUUUGAGGGGAGAGGCAACUGGAAUGAAAUGGCCGGCCAGGACUUGCCCAUAUUGUCCCUGCACUUCCACAACGUGACAUCUGCCCCGCUGACGGGCCGCGAGAGAGACUUCUCUAGUCUGAGCAGCUGGCUGGGGACGCUGCGGGAGCUGGCUGUCACUGGCUCCCGUGUCACCAGCCUGCCCUGUGGCAUCGGAAGGGAGUUCAGAGCUCUGCGCUCCCUGGACAUGGCCCAAAAUGGCCUUGGGGAUGAGAGCUUGAUGCCUGCCUUCUGCCAGGGGGCUUUUCCUCAGCUCCAGGUACUGAGUCUGCAACGCAACAACCUGACAUCCUACCACAGCGUGUGCGAAAGCGUGCGGCUGCUGCGUGGGCUCCAGCGCCUAGAUCUCAGCCAGAACAAGCGUGGCAGACCAGCCCCCUCCUGCCAGUGGCCUGUGUCCCUCCGGAUUUUUAACUUGUCCGACACUGGCUUGGAUGAAGUCCUCACACCUCUGCCUCCCAGUCUAGAAAUGCUGGACAUGAGCUGCAACCGCCUCCGUGCCGUAGACAUCUCCCUCAGCUCCCUGAAGAAGCUCUUCCUGAGCCAAAACAUGCUGCAGGCUGCCCCCUCCAUCAGGAAUUGCCCCAU